UUCGAAUUUGUUUACCCAGUCAGCUGUUCGUUCAGUGAUAUGUUGCGCAAAAAUAAAAGCUGAAGGUUCGCUCGUCAUCGCAGGCGUUCACAGUCCGCAGUCUGCCUUCGCGUCGUUUCUUUAUUUUACGUCUUUUUUUUUAAUUAUUUAAUUUUAAUUUUUUUUCUUUUUCUAACUGAAUCGGAAGUUUUACGGCGAGCGAGCCGAAAGGGUCUUAAAAACCGUAGCCCAGCCACGCGCAAUAUGGAUCAUCUGAAAAAGCUGUUCCGUCUGAAAAGCCUCUUCGGCCUCGAGGGGAAAAAGGAAAAGAAGAAAGCUCCGAGCGAAGAAGAAGUCCUCGCCGUCCGGCUUCGCCCUUUCCAGCGUUGGCUUUACAAAUCCCAGGACAUCGUCACGUGGGAGGAUCCGGCCGAGAGCGCCUUCGCCCUCCUCCUAGUCAACAUAUUAUUUUGGUUCCUUUCUUACCUGCAAUGGAGGGUUUAUGGAGUGAUUUUCACAGUUGUGUGCAUGUUGGUCGCCCAUGAGGCAUGGGUAGAGCACAUAUGGCCGGAAAUAAGUGUCAAUCCAUCAGCAGGUGAUCAAAAUGUUGCUGAGACUCAACCGGAGAAACCACCACACUCCGGGUCUUCCAAGGAUAGCAGGAUAUUUCGAUUGUUGACAGUCCCAGAGAUCAGCCAUUACGCUACAGGGAUCCGAGCUGCAGUCUCGGUCCAGUAUGCUAAGCUGAGAUAUUUGAGGGCUACACAACCUCCGCUGUACUGUGCCAUUGUGAGCGCAGGAUGUCUCUUCACAGCCGGUGUAGGGACGGUGUUUUCCGGGAUGGCUCUCAUCUACCUAUCGACUAUGACUCUCAUGGUCGCACCGGGUGUUGUAAAGCACGUUCUGCCGCCGCAGUGGAAGAGGAGCAUUUUAUCCAUUUUCACUUACAUUUCAUCCCUUCUUGUCCCUCCUGAGGGAAACAUGGAAGACUACAUGCCAGAGACAAACAAGGAAAACCUGCUUCUCCUUAAUCAAGCAGGAGAGAAUUAUGAUCUUUCCACUCCUACAACGGAAGAUUCGUCUUUGGCAGACCUCAUGAUACCAGGGCACGACGAAUCAUCAGUCGACACCCUGGAUUCGCUUGUGCUUCCAUCAAUACCACAAGCACUUGAGUCAUCAGACUCUGAUUCUGAAGAAGGCGCGCUGCGUUUUAAGUCAGAGCACUUCAACAAUGCUGAAAAGCACAGCUCUUCGGAUGAAGAGUCUUCCUUGGUAAAAGACCUCAACUUCCCAGACGUUCCACCACCCACUGGGAUAAAAGAUGUCGUGACGAGCGUCCUUUAUAAAACUUUCCCGAAGGCGUUCUCAAGUGCGCAAUACCAGGCAGAACCACUGCAGCAGGCGGAAGACAGUGACAGCGAUUUUGAAAUAAUCGAUAAUGGCGAUGCUUCUUAGGAAUUUUUUUUUAAUGAAGUUUUUUAUUUUAAUUGGUUGAAGCAAAUAUAGUUUUGCCAGUUGAUAUUAAAGAUUUCUUUUAUUGGCGCAGAUUAGAAAAAACUGUAAACAUUUAACGUUUGAUUUAAUUGAUAUUUUCUACUAUUUUAGUUUGUAGUGACAAGAUUCAUUUGUGAGAAUUGUUUAAUCUUUGUAAUAUAAGCUCAUUUCUACUCUUAAAUAUUUGUUUUAUCAUCAUAACAUCAUUUUAAGAGAUUUUCAGUUUUUUCUGACACUGUGAUAAUAUUUACUAUCUCAUAAAAGUUCACCUGGUCUCAAACAGACUUUAGUUUUAACAAUAAAGACAAUAAUUUUAUUUACUGUGUUUACUUCUUUAUUUUUAUUUCUCUAUUUGUUUCAACCAAUUACCUUAGUUCAGAUCCCCAAACAUAAAUUGUACAAUGCUCAAAAUUUUGAAAGUAGAAGGACCUUAAUUAACCCCUAGUUCUUCAAUUGCUUAUGCACCUGUUGUAUCUUGGUGCUAUCUUUUAAUAACAAUCAGUAACAAAUCAUUUCCAUAACAAUCAUUAAAAAAUUUUUAGAUGAUUCUUGAUUUAA